AUGAGCGAUGAUGAGGAGAGACACAGAUCCGAAGGGAGCAGGAGCCAGAGCCAUGGAGCCAGACAGGCCCCCAACGUCAAACCCAAGCUCAGCCAGAGAGAAAGGAACAGCAGGGAGGACCAGUUGAAGAAGAAGCCUGCAAAAGUGAGGAGAUCGAGGAGCACCGACUCGGAGAGGGUGGAGAGAGGCAGGAGGAGAGAACGAGAUAGGCACCAGGAAGAGAGGAGGCAGCGGGGGAGGAGUGAGGAGGCCCGGAGACGAGACAGAAGGGAAGGAGAGAGCGACCGGAGGAAGGUGAAGCCCCCUCAGGAUGAUGUGGAGGACACUGAGUGCGCUGUGUGUUUCUGCACAUACGAUAACGUAUUCAAGACCCCGAAGCUGCUGGUGUGUGGACACACCUUCUGCCUGGAGUGCCUUGCUCGCAUAAACGUGACCUCUCCUGAGCUCAAGACCCUGUCCUGCCCUGUAUGUCGUGAGCUGACUGACCUCCCCCACGGACAGGACCUUCCCCGCCUGGGCAACAAUCAGGACAUCAUAGGGAAACUCCCACCAGACAUGCAGAGGGCCCUGUCCAUCCGCUUCAAGCGCAAUAAAGGCAAACUGGUCCUGAAGAACCCUCCUCCUAGCAGCCCGAUCAAGCCUAAUAUCCUCACCCUGCCUAAAAAGAGUCCAGAAGGCCAGGUGACAGCGGGCGGUGACCUCCACUUGAGUACAAUGGAGCAGGGAAUAGUCCCAACCACAGUGGUGGAUGUAGGCAGGCCUCCAAGCAGGGUCAGAGGUCGCCUGCGCAGGUUGUUCCGCUCGGACCAGUGCUACUAUGCAGUGGUGGCGUCCAUCAUCACCAUCACGGUGACGCUCAUGCUGGUGGGGAUUCUGGCCUUUGUGAUUAUACCGAAUGUGGUUAUUCACCGUAGGCCUGUUCAUCAAGGCAACCAAACAUCAUUCGGUCCCCCAGGAAGUGGAUCCCCUCCCUGAAGGGGGCAGGGGUGGACAGGCUGUGGGUUGAGGGAGAGUAUAUGACACUAAACUUGUUGUAUUCUCAGUGAUGUCUUCUCUUGGUGAGUAAUGGUGAAAAUAAAACAAAACACUGGGACACAUUCAAGCUGAUUGGCAUGCAGUGAAGCGAAGAAAUGAAGGGAAACGAGGACAGCAACAUUUUUGUAAACAAACGACACGCAGACUCAAAGUUGUACAUGAAGGAAAGAGGACAAACGUGUGCAUGUUUCUUAAACGAUCUAUAUGUUCUUUUCUGAACAUGUUUGUGAUUACUGUGAAAAGCCAGAAACACUGUAUGUGUAAAUAAACUGUCCAUAAUGAUUAAGAAGCUGUAAAAUAUUGAAAUGCACUAAAUUCUGUGGUGGAAAGACUUAUGUAUGUUUUGAUUUCAUCAGGCUGAUUUUCCAACAGUUCAGGAUUUCUAGAUCUUACAAAUUUUGUUUAUAGACCAACACAUUGUACAUAACCAUAGAUGAUAUAUAUUUGUAAGUAUUUUUUCUUUUCACUGAUAUUAAUGGACUUUAUUUCCCAUCGUAUUCAAAUAAAGCAUUCUUGAGGCAUUGAAAA